CUGGUCACUGUCAGAGCGGCCUCCCGGAGGCUGCGGGGUCCCGGCGGCGCCUUUGCGGGCCGGCGCGGACUUUCUUGUUCUCGGCGCCAACCUCUUGUUGGAGGGAGAAGACGCUUCCUGCCGGCUCCUUACGGCUCGUGCUUGGCUGUCUGCGAGAGACCUGAUCUCUCUGACUGUAAUAACUAAAUAGAUGAUGUGGGAUUAGCAACUAGCAGAACCCCAAAAUAAAAGAAACAUUCCUGUAAGGAUCUACUUCCAGAAAAGAAAAAGACAGCUGCUAAAGUCAGGGGGAAUACAGAAAAUAAGAGUGGCAAGAAUGGGGACCAAGUGUAGCUCCUGAGGGACUAUCCAUGGCUUGAGAACAAGAGAAACUACUGUGAUCCAGCAAACAGACCUUGAAAAGAGAGCAACUUCUUGCUGGGGACAGAGUCAGAUAAAAGAGGAAGUACUCUUCUAACAAAAAUUGUUAUAGAGACUUUUGUCCUUUUGAACUUUCCCUGCCUUUGGACUCAUCAUGAAAGAAUAGAAAAAAAGUAUUUUUUUCCAUUCUCUGCUAACAUUGCCAUGGAUUUGCUUAAAGCCAUCAACACUCCUUUAGCCACCAGCUCCAAAUCAUCUAAAAGGACUUUGGAAAAAUCAUCUCAUUCUUCAUUCAGUGCUCCCAGUUAUUCGGAGGGUAAGAAGGAACAUCACAAGAAGAAGCUGAGUGGAAGCAGCGAUCCACCCUUGGAUGAUGGUACUUUCCACAAGUCCAAAAAAAUAAAACAACCAUAUGUUAACACUGAAAUGCUGACCUUACGUGAGCCUGAUGGCUUAAAAAUGAAGCUAAUCCUCUCACCAAAAGAGAAAGGGGGUACCAUAACAGAAGAUCCCUUUCCACAUUCUGGAGCUACAAAAAAGACCGCUAAGAAACCUGUUCGGGAUGAACAAAGCUCGCAGCCCUCAAGCCAUGAUACACACAGCUUCCUGAAAUCCCGUAAGAAGCACAAGCCACCUACAGAUCCCCAUCACCUUUCUCCUGCUGAGGGAUUCAGCUCAGACACAUCCCUCUUCCCUGAAGGCCAAAGCAGUGAUUUUGAGCUUUCAAACUUGGAACCACAAAUGGAAUCUGGAUCAUCAUCUGGAGGUGAGUUGGAAGCUGGUGAACUAGUCAUUGAUGAUUCAUAUCGGGAGAUAAAAAAGAAAAAGAAAUCAAAGAAGAGUAAAAAGAAGAAAGACAAGGAGAAACACAAGGAGAAAAAACACUCUAAAUUGAAGAAGAGUUCUGGACUCUCUUCAUCACCAGCAGCAGUGGAAAUAACACCACAACUGCCUGUUUCUCCAGCUAGCAUCCAGUUUGUUCUACAUGCCCCUCCUCCUUCUCCCUCACCACUACCACCUGUUUUCUGUACAGAUAGCCUGAAUGAGAAGAAGAAGAAGAAAGAAGAAAAAGAGAAGAUUGAGAAAAUAGAAAAAGAAAAGCCAAAGAAGAAAAAUAUGUCUGCCUACCAAGUAUUCUGUAAGGAAUAUCGUGUGAACAUUGUGGCUGAGCAUCCAGGAAUAGAUUUUGGUGAGCUGAGCAAAAAGCUAGCAGAGGUUUGGAAACAGCUUCCAGAGAAAGAUAAACUGGUUUGGAAGCAGAAGGCUCAAUAUUUGCAACAUAAGCAGAAUAAAGCAGAAGCGACAACAGUGAAGAGGAAAGCAAUGUCAUCAGAAGGUUCCCCAAAAUUGAAAGCUUCUCUAACAAGCGUGCCUUCACCCCAUAAAAAAUCCCCAACUAGCACGAUGGUAUUAUCCUCUUCACCAGUGAAGUUUCCUGAGACAGAUCCCAUUGAUGUAGCUGCACAUCUGCAAUUACUGGGAGAGUCUCUGAGUCUUAUUGGCCACAGACUGCAGGAGACUGAAGGAAUGGUAGCCGUAUCAGGAAGUUUAUCAGUACUCCUGGAUUCAAUUAUUUGUGCUCUGGGCCCUUUGACUUGUCUCACAUCCCAGUUACCUGAGCUAAAUGGCUGCCCCAAACAUGUUUUGUCAAACACAUUAGAUAAUAUUGCCUACAUAAUGCCCGGUCUUUGACAAAAAAAGUGAAUAUGGAAAAUAAUCUGCUGUGCUACUGGUUUGUACACAUAUAUAUUGCAUUCUUCAAGUCUCAACCUACAGAAUUUUAAAGUCUUUUGUCAAUAACUGUUUAACUUGAUUUUAUGAAAAAAGUCCAGAACUUAAAUUUACAAGAA